ACCAACCCCCUCAUGACACUCUACACAUUGUCCUAAAAUAUCUCCUUACCCCCACAUGCCUCAACAACCAUGCAUAACAUUUAUACAUACAUAUAUAUAUAUACAUACAUAUAUAUAUUACAUUAUGUACUAUUGUUUGCCCACAUAAACAAUCAGAUAUAAGCACUCUCAUUUCUAUAUUAUUGGUCCAUUAUCAGCUUGAGCUUCCUCUGCAAUUAACUACCCCUUGGCUUGGUUUACUCCCAGGUUAGUCUUAAGCUUCCUUGGGAGCAGUAAAUCCCUAAAAAGUGGCCAUCCAUUUGUAGGGACCACCGCAGUCGGCUAAUCGCAGAGGUACAAGUGUAUGGUAGAGAGAAAUGACACCAGAGCUAGCUAAACUCUUUCUAUCUAUCCUCUUAAUUAAAUUCAAGAUAUAUAUAUCCCUUAAACACCCACCACAUGAUCAGCUUAUAUAGUAAUCCCACAUUAUACUAGUUUGAAAACCAUUCACAAGCCAACCACUGCCUGGUUGUCUCACCACCAUCUUCUUAGAUUCAUUCCAACUCCCUCCAAUUUGUCUUCAUCUUCCUAAAGCCCCUCACAUAGGCAGGAAUCUUUAGAAGCACAGAUAGAUCUCGUGUGCUGUCCAUUUGACCAAUAUAAUCUUCUUUCUGUUUCUAUACUAUUUUAUUAAGUCCGGAUUAACAUUUAGCAUAACAUGCAGAUCCUCCAAAGGCUCUUCAAGGUAGCACAAGAAAAACCAAGAGAGUCUACUUCUAGUCUUACCAAUAAGAAGGAGGGUACUGCUAAUGAUAAAAAGGGCAUUAAUGGAGGACUGAAGAGUGCAGGAGAAAGCAAAUCGGGGUAUAAGAAUUUGAAUCCAAUUACUGUUUUACGCAGAAGAGACAUUGCAAAGAGUUGCUUCUAUAGCACGCUUAAUCUAAAGAGGUUGGGAAGCUUUCGUAGAAGACAAUUCUUGAUGAAGAUGAAAAAAGAAAAUAUUGCUAGAGGACUAGGGCUUGGUCACAAGGUGGAUUCGGGUGCCAAUGUGGGGAAUAAGGUUCUACCAAUUAGCGACUCGGCAUUAUCAUCCUCAACUAAUAAUAAUGUAAAUGAAAAGAAAGAUAAGCCAAAGGGUGACACAAACAAGACCAUUUCCAAGAUGAAGGAGCUAUUGAGAUGGGCUGCUUUUGCGAAAUCUGAGAAAGGAGGAAAGUACUUCGGUCGAAAGGUGUCAUACUUUCGGAAUCGAGCAGCCCUAAAAGCAGUACCAGAUGAUGAUGAACUUAGCAAUGUUGACUCUCCUAAGAUCAGCUUCAGAUGGGAAGUUGAAAGCUGCUCCACUUCCUCCUCUGCAAUUUCAUUAAAGAAUGAUCAGAACUUAAACAUGCCUUGUUUGAUAUCCAGUACUCCUGUCCAUGACACAGAUCUAACUACUUCAAGAACUGGAAAUUGGAUCACUACUGACUCUGAAUUUGUGGUGCUAGAGCUAUGAAGGUUGGUUAGAGCUUAAAGGAGACCGACCAUACCUUAAUUUCAUGGUUGAAUCAACUGCUUAAUUUGGCUUAGCCAUUGUAUACUGGUUAUUGGUAGAUGGGUUACUUUGGUUCUAUAAAUUUUGAAAGAUGAGGGUUUACAUAUAAUGCUUGUAAACAAUUGAGCUGAUCUAUGAUGCUUUCAUAAUCAUCUCGACGAUAUUUGGAAGAAGAGGUUUCCACGAGAGGGGAUAUCCAGUGUAGUCAUGCUAACUAUUUCUUUUAAAAAUGCUGUAGCAGUCCGAAUCUGGAGAGGAAUUAAAUGUAACAUUAAUUCAAGGAUGUGAAAUGUAUCUAUUUGUGAUGAAUA